UCCAUUGUGCCUGUGGACUGAGAAAAGUUUCCUGCAAAAGGAAAAGCAUCCAAGGUGGACCUGGAACAAUGACUCUGUCCUCACUGGUCAGAGCCCUGACACUUCUGGCGCUUUCCCUGGUCACAGUUAGCAUGGAAUUGUGUUCUCUUAGUCCUGGUAUCCCAGGAACUCCUGGGGCUCCAGGUCUACCUGGCAGAGAUGGCCGGGAUGGUGUCAAAGGAGACCCUGGUCCUCCAGGUCCCAUGGGACCCCCUGGAGGAAUGCCAGGGCUCCCUGGAAGGGAUGGGCUGACGGGGGCACCUGGGAGUGUGGGGGAACGAGGUGAAAAGGGUGAGCCAGGUGCAAUGGGACCUCCAGGGCUGCCGGCUUAUUUAGAUGAAGAUUUACAGUUUGUACUGAAAGACUUCAGACAGCGCAUCCUGCAGUCAGUUGGAGUUCUCAGCCUGCAAGGCACCCUGUUGCGGGUGGGAGAGAAAGUCUUUUCUACAAAUGGUCAGUCAAUGAAUUUCGAGGGGAUCAACAAGACCUGUGCCAUGGCAGGCGGUGCUAUUGCCACCCCAAGAAACGCGGAGGAGAACUCGGCUAUCAUGGGCCUUGUGCAAAAGUACAACACGUACGCCUACCUGGGCCUGGUGGAAGGGAAGAAGCCGGGGAAAUUCUUCUAUCUCAACGGAAGCCCAGUGAACUACACCAACUGGUACCCGGGGGAACCAGCAGGUAAAGGGAGGGAGCCUUGUGUGGAAGUGUAUAAAGACGGCACUUGGAACGACAAGAGCUGUCUGCAGUACCGGCUCCUCAUCUGUGAGUUCUAAGGCCCUCCUCAGUGACUGAUGCUCCAGGCCAGAGGAUGAAGGAGCGCAGCUCAUUGGUCAUGAUCUCUCUUCCCACCCUUUGGGCCCCUUGUCUGCUUCUUCCAAGAAACUCUUUUUUAUGUUUCA